GCUGAGCUGAUGAGUGCAGUGACGGAGGGGUUUGAUAUAGCAGCUAAUGAGAGAAGAACUACAGGAGCUGAAGGAGUGCUGGCUGACAGAGAAUGCCACGGCAAGCCCAGGUUUUCUAUUCAGCAAGUCUGAGCGAGAAAAACAGCGUCGCCUCACUAGGGCGUUUAAUUUUUAACCCCAAGUCCUAACUGUAGCCUAGCUCAUGCUAGAAAGACCCCAAACAAAAUGCCAGCGGGACUGACUCCGCCAGCCAGCGGGAUACCUGUGUCCGAUGCAGUGGGGUCAUUCAAGAGGAGGAAAAGGAAGUCCAUCAUAGUGACAGCAAUGCUGUUCGUCGUGUCUAUACUUAUCCUAGUCUUUGGGCUGGCUGCUACCACAAGGACACAGAACAUUACUGUUGGUGGCUACUAUCCUGGAGUCAUUCUUGGUUUCGGCUCCAUUCUCGGAAUCAUUGGAGCCCAUUUAAUAGAAAAUAAGAGGCAGAUGCUGGUGGCCUCCAUUGUCUUCAUCAGCUUUGGUGUGGUGGCUGCGUUCUGUUGUGCUAUUGUGGACGGGGUUUUUGCUGCAAGGCACAUAGACCUCAGGCCUCUUUAUGCUGGUCGAUGUGAAUACUUCUCCAGCGCAACCUCUUCUGACCAAGAUGUCCAGUGCCAGACCCCCCGUGUGUCUUGUAAGCUGCGUGUGAAGAGUAACACCUGCUACUGUUGUGACCUCUAUAACUGUGGCAAAGAACAUCCUCUUUUGGGACUUCAGAAUAAAGAUGUUUUGAAAAAAUUUAGGAAAUCCACCAUGAUUUGGAAUCGUGUUGAGUUAAGAGGAGGCUACCAUGAGUAUACCGAUGUCCAAAGUUGCCAGGACGUUGUGCACCUCUACCACCUUUUGUGGUCAGCCACUAUUCUCAACAUUAUUGCACUCUUUCUGGGCAUCAUCACAGCAGCAGUGCUUGGAGGCUUUAAAGACAUGGUGCCAGCAGUAGCUCCUGACACUUGUGAGCCAGACCCUCUGGCCAUCCCUGGACCUCCAGAGACUCUUGCGCCAUCCACGUCAAACUCCUUCUAUAACACUGCCCCCUGCCUUCCACCUUACACUGCCUACGACCUACAGGGCUCCAUGUUCCCCGACUCUUCUGUCCUUUCUGAUGACUCCCAGUCUGGAGCCAGUCACAUGUGGCCAAGUAUGAUCCCGCCACGCUACUCCCCACCUUAUUACCCACCUGAUGAUAAACCACCACCAUACAGCCCUUAAGGGACCAGCAAAGGAUCACAGGAACACUUUCCACAUUGCCAAGGGUUCAAAGGAAAAUGGGCAUUUGGGGAUGUUGAAGCACCUUGACCUGUAGUAUAUGAGCACCUGCUGCUGUGGAGCCUCACUGUGCAGACAAUCUCACUACACUACCAAAUCUGCUGAAGACUUUGGCUGUGGUGUGCAGCUAAGAGACUUCAUCCCUGCAGAGCAGAUAUAAGCAGUGAGACGCGUGCAAUUGUCCAGUAUAACUUAAAAUAUACUAGGUGGCCUCUCUACUCUCUACUUGCUACAAAUAACAUCAAGACUGUUCACAGUUAUGCCUUAAACAUGUCUCUCCGCUUCCAAACAGCAUAAGCCCUCUGCUCCUGUUAUGGGUGUCCUCUGAAUAGAGUGUCUCUGUGGGCUUCUCUCUUGGACACAGUGACUGUGCCACCCUGCAUCUGCCACAGUAGAUAAUGUGAACAUUUCCAAAGUGGCAUGGAGUGUCCUGGUCCUGUUUUUUGCCUCGUCUUUGCUAAAGAGGAAUGAAGAGGAGUCUUAUUUUUGAUUUGCACUUUAUCAUCUCUUAGUAUAAUUAAUAAUAUCAAGCUAGAAUAAUUACUUGAGUUCUUUAAUUCAGUUCGGGCAGCUAGAAUUAUGGUAUGGAGCCCAAAUCAUAGGCUACUUCAACUUGUAAUAUAUGGUAGGAUUAUUUAGCACAAAGCCCAAGUGCAAAGAAUGUGAAAUGUGCAAAGUCAAAACCUGUGUUUUUAAAAAAAUUCAUGUGCAAUGUAAAUAAUUAUCUUGCUGAAUUGUGCUAUGAUAAAGUGUAGAUGAAACAACUUUAAACUGGUCUAGUUACACCACAUGCAUUAUACACCUCUUUUUUUUCCCAGUUUGGAAAUAUGGAAAUGACAUAAUUCAUAGAAAGGUGAUAGCAAGUGUUUCAGAACAUUCAAUUUAAAAACGAGGCACAGCUUUUAGGUCAUUAGACCAGCUCUCAUUUUUAAUAAUACUUUUAAAUGCAGCUGCGGAAUGACAGUGAUAUAUACAAAAUUACCUGUGUCCGUCUAUAAGUAUUUCACAUAAAUCGUCUGUGAGACCUAGUAUUAUGCACUGGAACUAUAGCAACAUACUGCCUUCUCUUAAUAUACAUUUACACAAGUCUUAAGACUACUUUCCAGGUGUGUAUUCACUGUGAUUAGUGAUGAGUCUACGUAUUGUGUUUUAUGUGCUUUAUUUGAAGCAAAACAUACAACUGUAAGAACAGAAUAAGCAAGGGUUACAAAUAAGGUGUCUGUUCAAAAUAUACUGUAUAAAAAUGUUAUGUGACCAGUCUUACCACUACAUGGCCAGAAUUGGUGGUUUAUGCCAUAAAACUGAGCUGAAAAGGGGGCCUCCACCUUAUACACGUUCGUAUUCUUCUCUAAUCAGACUCGCCUUAUUGUUAGACUUGUUUCACUCAAAGCCAUACUGUGAAUACUAUGGAAUUCAAUGCUAGACACCACCAUGGAAAAAGGA